UGACCGAGAAAGGCUGCGACCAGGUAGGUCACAGGAGUCGCCUGGUCUUGGCGCCUAAGGCUCCAGUGACGGAGGCGGGGCCGGCUCCAGAGGUCCCCACCUCCUCCCUGAGCGAUAUAAUAGAUCGGGGACGGCCGCCCUUCGCGGACGAACUCCUGUCCUGGUCUCUCUCGCUUCGCUCUCCUCUCCUGACCAAGAUGAGCUUCACCACUCGCUCCACCACCUACUCCACUAACUACCGGUCCCUGGGCUCCGUGCGGACGCCCAGCCAACGGGUCCGGCCUGCCAGCAGUGCGGCCAGCGUCUACGCAGGUGCUGGGGGCUCUGGCUCCCGGAUCUCCGUGUCCCGUUCCACGGGCGUCUGGGGCGGCUCCGCGGGGUACUCAGGCCCGGCGGGAAUGGGUAGCAUCCAGACGGAGAAGGAGACCAUGCAAGACCUAAACGACCGCCUGGCCAGCUACCUGGACAAGGUGAAGAGCCUGGAGACUGAGAACAGGAGGCUGGAGAUCAAAAUCCGGGAACAUCUGGAGAAGAAGGGGCCCCAGGGCGUCAGAGACUGGGGCCACUAUUUCAAGACCAUCGAAGACCUGAAGGCUCAGAUCUUUGAGAACUCUGUGGACAACGCCCGCAUCGUCCUGCAGAUCGACAACGCUCGUCUGGCUGCCGACGACUUCAGAGUGAAGUACGAGACAGAGCUGGCCAUGCGCCAGUCUGUGGAGAGCGAUAUCCAUGGGCUCCGAAAGGUGGUCGAUGACACCAAUAUCACAAGGCUGCAGCUGGAGACGGAAAUUGAAGCGCUCAAGGAGGAACUGAUGUUCAUGAAGAAAAACCAUGAGGAGGAAGUCCGAGGUCUGGAAGCCCAGAUUGCCAACUCUGGAUUGACUGUGGAAGUGGAUGCUCCCAAAUCUCAGGACCUCAACAAGAUCAUGGCGGACAUCCGUGCCCAGUAUGAGGAGCUGGCUCAGAAGAACCGCGAGGAAAUGGACAAGUACUGGUCCCAGCAGAUAGAGGAGAGCACCACCAUAGUUACCACCAGGUCUGCCGAAAGCAGAGACGCUGAGAACACGCUCACGGAGCUGAGACGCACCUUCCAGGCCUUGAAGAUUGAUCUGGAGUCCGUGGAAAAUCAGAAGGUCAAUUUGGCGAACAACCUUGCGGACGUCGAGGCCCGGUACAGCACGCAGAUGGAGCACCUCAAUGGGAUCCUCCUGCAGCUGGAGUCGGAGCUGGCACAAACCCGGGCAGAAGGGCAGCGCCAGACCCAGGAGUAUGAGGCCCUGCUGAACAUCAAGGUCAAGCUGGAGGCCGAGAUUGCCACCUACCGCCGCUUGCUGGAAGAUGGGGAAGACUUCAGUCUCAGUGAUGCCCUGGACAGCAGCAACUCCAUGCAAACCAUCCAGAGGACAACCACCCGCAAGGUCAUGGAUGGCAAAGUGGUGUCUGAGACCAACGACACCAGAGUUCUGAGGCACUGAGGCCGAGAAGGCGGGCACCCCUGGGAACUAAGGGACCAAUAAAAGUUGAGAGGUCACCGGA